CAGAAGCCCAGAAGCCACCACCAACUUGACGCUCGAGACAAGGCCGCGACAGCUCAUUAACUACUGUAUAUACACACUUGCACUCGCACAUAUACCCAAUAUGCCGUCGUGUCAGGAAUUGCGAGACGCCCUCGCUCAAUGCCUCCAGGAAUCAGACUGCGUCAUGGUCUACCGCAACAAGGCCACCGACUGCCUCCGCGAUCCCCUCUACUCGACACUCCCAACCAAGUGCCAACAGCUCAAGAGGGGAUAUGGCGAAUGCAAGCGCGGCCUGGUCGACAUGCGCAAGCGUUUCCGCGGACACGUGCCGGUGGAAUACCGCAACGUGGAGUCGUCUGAUGGGAAGAGCUACCAGCUGUAUGCGGGCAAAUCUGCGUUUGGCGGCGGCGUCAAGGAGACGGAUGGCAACGAGCCGAUUCCAAAGGACUGGAGGGAGAUUGAGAAUGAAAAGUACCGAUUGGAGCAGCAGCAGCAGCUCUCCCAGGACAAGAAAUAAAUAAGGAGAGGAACUGAGGAGGAGAUUAAAAGCAAGUAAAAAGCGAUUAUGGUUCAUGGCAUGGCGUUAUGGCGUUGAUUUGGAAGCGGAAAAGACAAGACUUUGCAUGAUUUGAGUCUCAUCUCCGAUGCUUACAAGAUGGAUUUAAGGAUUUCUCGCAUGGAUAGAUUUGAGGUAGCUGCUCUUGUUCGAUUUGAAGAGGAUGAGACACGCUCUUCGGACGAGCCUAUGUUCGGGUAUAGACUUGUACUUGUAUUAUAAGGUAGGCGGGCAUUGGUGGAAUCCUGUACGAUAUAUGUAUAUUAGCAGCAGAAAAAGUCCUUCUCACAUCACAGCAACGUUGGCAACCUGAGCAUAAUAUUUCCAGGAAAUAAUUAGUUUUCAGGAUAGUAAACGGCCAAUUCGUAUGGCAUCAAUCUGCAGCGUAAAG